AUGCCUCAUGAUGAGGCAAAGUUAGAGUGUACUUUUGAUAUUAAUGCUGACGGUAUUCUAAAGGUGACAACUAAAGAUAAAGCAACUGGUCAUAAAGCAAAUAUUACUAUUUCAAAUUCUGCGGGUAGAUUAUCAACAACUGGAAUCAAACAUAUGAUUGCUGAAUCUAAGAAACUCAAAGAAGAAGAUAAACAAAGUCAAGUACGUGUUGAAGCUAAACAAGAACUUGAUAAUUAUGUUUACCAGUCAAUGUAA